AUCCCAGGAAUGGAGCCCUGCCAUAACUUGGAAGUGGCCUUUCUUAACCUUCUCUGCUCCAGGGAGAAAAAGCCUAUCUUUCCCAGUCUCAUAACUGAACUGCUGAAUCCCAGAUGACAACCUGAUGAAAGAAGAACGCUUUAAAUCUCUCUUUGGUGCCUUUGGAACAUUAACCGACUGCAUAUUGAAAUUCACGAAGAAUGGAAAGUUUAGAAAAUUUGGAUUUGUCGGGUUCAGAACGGAAGAGGAAGCACAAGCAGCUUUAAAACAUUUCAAUAAGACCUAUAUUGAUACUUCUAAGAUUACAGUGGAGUUAUGUAAAUCAUUUGGGGACCCAGGUUUGCCCAAACCGUGGAGUAAGCACUCACAGAAAAAUUCAAUGGAGGAAAAUCUAAAAAUGCCAAAAGAACAACAAGGUCCAAUUAAGGAAAAGGACAAAGUAAAGAAAUUUGCCAUUGAAGACCUAGAAUCUUUGAAGAAAGAUAGGGAGUUUGAAGAAUUUCUAGCCGUGCAUGAGAAACGUAGCAAAGCACCAACCUGGUCCAAUGACACCUUACCGGGGAAAAAGGAAGAGGUAAAGAAGGUAGAUGAUUAUCUGAACUUUGAUUCAGAUGAUUCUGAAGAACUGAGUGAGACGGAAGAUAUCAAGGGAACAAAAGAUGCACAAAAUAAAACAAAAGAAAAGCUUGCAUUGGCAAAAACAGUUUCGGACAUGGAUUAUUUAAGAUCAAAAGUAGUUAAGAAAGCAGAUGAGAAUUCUGAAAUUGAUGAAGGAUCUGAAAGUGAUGAAGACAUUAAGUUAUCAUCUGAAGGAAAUAUGUUAUACACAAAUAAUAAAGAAAAGGAACAAGGUGGAAAACUUGAGAAAUCAGGACCUGAAUGGAGGAAGAAGAAACAACUAGAGAAGGGAACUCCUGGAAAUGAAGCUGCCACACCUUAUACUUUGAAGCUCCGAGGUGCCUGCUUUAAUGUGAAAGAGAAGCAAGUGAGGGAGUUUUUCGUGCCUUUGAAACCUGUAGCCAUUCGGAUUAUCAAAAAUGCAACUGGCAACACUACAGGGUAUGUAUAUGUAGACUUCCAGUCAGAAGAUGAUCUUGAAAAGGCAUUGAAGAGAAAUAAAGAGUACAUGGGUAGAAGAUAUAUUGAAAUUUUCAGAGUGAAUAAUGCAGUCAAAACUAAGCCAGUAAGGAAAAAUGAUAACCAAAAAUGGCUGAUGAGGCAAAAGAAAGCAGAUGAGGUGGAAGAGGAUGUCUCUGAUUCAGGAAGGUUGUUUGUCCGAAACUUACCAUACACCUGUACAGAAGAUGACUUGGAAAAAGUUUUUUCUAAAUACGGUCCGUUAUCAGAGAUCCACUUUCCUAUAGAUGGUCUAACGAAAAAGCCAAAGGGAUUUGCAUUCAUUACUUUUAUGAUACCUGAGCAUGCUGUGCGGGUUCUUGCUGAGUUAGAUGGUAGUAUAUUUCAGGGCAGGAUGAUGCAUAUUUUGCCAUCAACAAUAAGAGAGGAGAAAGAUGAAAAUGAUGAAACUAUCUUGGGUUCCUCUGCAUUCAAGAGAAAUAAAGCAGCUCAAGAAAAGACCAAGAGUAACAGCUCACACAACUGGAACACUUUAUUUAUUGGAAGUAAUGCUGUUGCUGAUGCAAUAGCAGCAAAAUAUAAUGCCACCAAAAGCCAAGUGCUGGAUCAUGAAGGAAAAGACAGCGUUGCGGUCCGUGUGGCACUGGGUGAGACGCAGAUUGUACAAGAGACCAGACAAUUCUUAGUUGAUAAUGGAGUUAGCUUGGAUUCGUUCAGUCAGGCUUCUGGACCAAGAAGUAAAACAACUAUCAUUGUAAAGAAUAUUCCUGCAGGCACCCAAGUACAUGAAUUGGAGAAUCUGUUUAAGGUCUAUGGGGACCUUGGGCGGAUUUUGCUUCCGCCAGCCGGAGUAACUGCUAUUGUGGAAUUCCUAGAGCCAACAGAGGCUAAACGGGCUUUUACAAAACUAGCAUAUUCCAAGUUUCAGCAUGUUCCCCUUUACCUGGAAUGGGCCCCAAUGGAUGUGUUCUGUACUCCAGUCACAGAAAAGAAGCAGACCAAUAAAGAAGUUCAAAGUGACCUAGCUAUAAAUGAAGAUGAUUCAACAAUUCAAGAGGAAGAGAAUGAAAGUAUUCCAGGAUGCACUUUAUUUGUCAAAAAUAUAAACUUUUCAACAACUGAAGAAAGUUUGAGGAAGGUAUUUAGCAAAUGUGGAUCAUUAAAAAAUUGCACUAUUUCAAAGAAGAAGAGCAGGACAGGAUCUCUCUUGUCAAUGGGAUAUGGCUUUGUGGAAUAUGCAAAACCAGAACAUGCCAAUAAAGCUUUAAAACUGCUACAGCAUACUAUGUUGGAUGAUCACCAACUGGAGUUGAAGAUAUCAGACAGAGCUACAAAGUCUGUGAAUCCAGCAAGAACGCUCCAAAUUGAAAAGGAUCAGAAGGUCUCCAAAAUUCUGAUUCGAAAUAUUCCUUUCCAGGCUAAAGUAAAGGAAAUUCGGGAGCUUUUUAGUACUUUUGGGGAAAUAAAGAGCGUACGAUUGCCUAAGAAAAUGGGAGGAACUGGCGUACACAGGGGCUUUGGAUUUGUUGAGUUUCUCACAAAACAGGAAGCAAAGAAAGCUUUCAAUGCCCUUUGCCAUAGUACUCACUUGUAUGGUCGACGUUUAGUGCUGGAAUGGGCUGACUCUGAAGAUACACUGGAGACAUUGCGCAAAAGAACAGCUGCGCAUUACCAUGAUUCACCAAAUAAGAAGAAACGGGUAGAAAUCCUGGAUGAAAUAAUGGGUGAUAUGGAAGAGGAAGACUAGUCACUUGUUAUCCUUUUGAAAAGAUGUCCCAUGAUGUGGUUUCACAUGUACUGGGUAAGACACGCAACCAUCAAAAACUUAAGAGGAGCACCAACAAGCACAAGCUUUAAGAGAAAAAACACUGGACCCAUCAGCAAGUUGGAAGAAGUCAAAUAGCCAUCUGUUUUUAUCUGAAGUGUUCUUUGGCUGUAUUUUGAGAAACUUAACUGCAAACAGCACAGCCGGCACAACCUCUGAUGGAUAUCAGUGACUGUUUGCAGUCUGGUCAUAAAUCAUAAUGCAUGAAUGGUACACUCUACAACCUAUUGAGCAACGUUUGUGAAAAGUAGCGGCAGUGUAAUCGAUUUUUGAACUCCCAUCUCAAACACAUGAUGAAAAACCGUUGUGCCAACUGGUUAUGUAUUCAUGGAAUACUAAAUAAACUUUAUGAGGUAAUUUGAAGCCUGACACAUAGUGACUGGAAGAUGAAAACUAAUAGCAGAAGAAAUCUGCCAUGCGCUUGAAUAUCGUGCAGUUGUAUUGAUCCUGCACUAUUGGAGAGAGAGAAUAGCGCAACAUCUGUACAUCAGUCAUAAGCCCAAGAAUGUGGAUAGUCAGUGGUUUAUUGUUGAUUUUCAAGAUUAAUAGCAAAGAAUUUCACUGAAUUUCUAUUUUUGUAUUGUUUAAGUAUAGUCAGUGGGAAAAUAUUUCAAAUGAUUUGUUACAAUUGUUAUGCUUUAGUAUUUUAAAUACUGUGCUGUCUGUUUUUGAAAUUUGGAGAACUAUUUUUGUCUUAAAACAAAACUCAGUAAAGGCUGACAAUUUAUAUCAUUGGUGUCUUGACCUUUAAAGUAAAAUAUUUGCCACAUCAAACAUUUAAAUAGUCCUGCGUGGUGAGCGUAGGUAGUCUCAGACCUCACGUGCCAUGCAGAAUAGAAUUAUUCAAUACAAUGAUGAGUUUAUAAUUGCAAACUCGAUGUGAAUGUUGAAAAUUUCAAAUGGAUUGUCCCAUUCCCAUACUUUCUGAAGGAGUAUUCAUUUGAUGUUUGAACAAAUCUCGCUUUUGAAAAAUUAGCAGUUUAAUAAUUUGUAGUACUAUGGUCAUUAAAAAGCAGUUACAUCAGCAUAAUGCAUGUACAGUGGAUUCCGGUUAACACAGGGACCAGUACAUUUUGGCCCAAUUAAGCAGCUGCCUGCCGAAGUUUCAUAGAAAUGGUUAAAACAGUAUAGAAAAGACAAACUGUUUUAACUGAGUAACAAAUUAUCUAUUAAAAUAAAAUACAAAGCAAAUUAGAAAUACUACAGUACUAUAAAACUGUGUGUUAGUUCCUAAUAUUUAUCAAUGAAGGAAUUAAUUCAGUGUACUCUUCUGUUUUCUUUUGAUUGACUGUAAAUAAACAAAAUCUACACAGACACCUAGUGCAGAUAAUGGAGUGCCUUAAUACAAUGUUUUUGUCAGUUGCAUCUUCCAAAUCUUCAUUUUCAUUGUUACAUUAAAGAUGAUUGUUGAUACCUUCAAGUUCUUCAUAAUUUCUAACUUGCUGAAGUAGUGAAAUGAUUUAAUUUUCACUCCUGGCUGUUUUGGGCAUUUCCAAGCCUGAUUGUUUGAUACCACAGUGAGCAAAACAAUUCUGACUUGUCUUACUGCUUAUUUAUCAUCAACUAUCAGUGACAAAAAUCAUUGCUUUUUGAACACAAACACAUACAACUGACUAAUUAAAAACAUUUUGCUCUAAGUAUGGUGUAGUGUCUAAAGGUCACACAAGUGCAGGUAACUGUUGCUAGUUAGAAACUGUUCAGCAACAGUCUCCUCAUCCAGUUAAGCAGCCUAAAGACAUGAAGGGAAUCCCAGCUGUUUUCUCGGUUAGUUUUUGUUCUUUGAGUUGUCCCAAAUAAGAGGCUGCCCCACCCAAUUAACUGGAAUUCACUGUAUUUACUUUCAUAAUGGAUACUGGGCUGAGCUGGAUCUGAAGGUUGAAGUAUGUGUUUCUUUAAUACAUUUGAGUAUGUAUACAUUAACACAACUUUUUGUACAAAACCAUUAAUGUUACAGGGCUGUCACUUUAGGCUUAAAGCACAACUGCUGAAUGCAAGAUUAAGAUAAGUAAUUUGCCUCGUGUUUAUAAUUGAAACGUAGAAAACCUUUGGCACAAUACAGGCCCUUCAGCCCACAAAGUUGUGCCGAACAUGUCCCUAUCUUAGAAAAUACUAGGCUUACCUAUAGUUCUCUAUUUUACUGAGCUCCAUUAGCCUAUCCAAAAGCCUCUUAAAAGACCCUAUCGUAUCCACAUUCACAACUGUUGCCGGCAGCCCAUUCCAUGCACUGACCACUCUCUGAGUAAAAAACAUACUCCACUGUACCUACUCCCCAGCAUCUUAAACCUUUGUUGUCUUGUGGUGACCAUUUCAGCCCUGGGAAAAAGCCUCUGACUAUCAAUGCCUCUUUUCAUCUUAUACACCUCUAUCAGGUCACCUCUCAUCCUCCUCCUCUCCAAGGAGAAAAGGCUGAGUUCACUCAACCUGUUUUCAUAAGGCAUGCUCCCCAAUCCAGGCAAUACCCUUGUAAUUUUUCUCUGCCCCCUUCCACAUCCUGGAGUGAAGCGACCAGAACUGAGUACUCCAAGUGGGGUCUGACCAGGGUCCUAUAUAACCGCAACAUUAUCUCCCGGCUAUUAAAUUCAAUUUCACGAUUGAUGAAGCCAAUACACUGUACGCCUUCUUAACCACAGAGUCAACCUGCGCAGCUGUUUUGAGUGUCCUGUGGACUCGGACCCCAAGAUCCCUCUGAUUCUCCACACUGCCAAGAGUCUUACCAUUAAUGCUAUAUUCUGCCAUCAUACUUGACCUACCAAAAUGAAUCACUUCACACUUAUCUGGGUUGAACUCCAUCUACCACUUCUCAGCCCAGUUUUGCAUCCGAUCGAUGUCCCUCUGUAACUUCUGACAGCCUUCCACGCUAUCCACAGCACUAUCCAACCUUUGUGUCAUCAACAAACUUACUAACCUAUCCCUCCAUUUCCUCAUCCAGGUCAUUUAUAAAAAUCACGAAGAGUAAGGGUCCCAGAACAGAUCCCUGAGGCACUUCACUGGUGACCAACCAUUUAAUUUAUUUUAAUUAAAAUUUGACUCGAUCAGUAUCUUUGGUAGCAUUUGCCUUGAUAUGUUAAAAUGCUUAUUGAUUACUUUAAAGUGGAGCUACCUGGAGUUUCUAAUAAACACUUUGGGGAGAUGGGCACCACGAUAUGGUGCCAAAAGUCAUUUUGGGUUAUUUCAAGUGUUCUGUGCCACUGUUUUUAUUAUUUAUACUUAUGGUUCUUUAAUCUCUGUUGGAUAAAUUGGGAAGUUAAUACUGAAAUGUUAGCUUUUACACUGAAAUUUUUACAAGAAAAUUCAAAGUGUGAAUUUAGAAAACAGCCUUUUAAACAACAUUUAAUGUGAUUCUGUAUCUGCAGAACACAUGUACACUGCUUUAUUUUCAUAUGAUAAAAUUUAUAACAAAGUGAAGCUAAUUUAUUUUAUGACACUACUUGAUAUGUUUCUUCAACCGUUGACAUUUUGACCCUAUUGUUGCAGUACUGUUUUAGGUAGUUUAUAAAAGUCAUUCCAAGUACAUCCACAGUGAAGGAAUGAAUUAAAAUUUAACUCGAUCAGUAUAAUAGGUAGCAUUUGCCCUGAUAUGUUAAAAUGCUUAUUGAUUACUUUAAAGUGGAGCUACCUGGAGUUGCUAAUAAACACUUAGGGGAGAUGGGCACCACAAUAUGGUGCCAAAAGUCAUUUGGGACAUUGGGCCCUUUGCUGAAAAUAUUUUCAGCACCAGUUCUAGUGAGGAGGAGGAGGAUUGUCACCUAAAUGCCCAAUUGUUGGAAAUCAACUACUCAGAAUCUGAGUGAAAUUCACUUGACAGUAUAAUACUUAAUUUGCAUUCUAAGAUUAUUUGUAAGAACAUUAACUGAAAUAAAUUUGAGAUGCAGCUUUGGAAUCUUAAAUCUUGGAAGCGCAGAUGAAUAGAAAUCAACAUUUGCUUUGAGCUUGUUUGCAAAAAAAAUUGGGACCACCAAUAUAUUCCUGAGGAUGUGGAGCAUUGUGUGAUCUAAACUGGCAUUUCAAUGGUGGGAGCAGGAGAAACAACUGCAAAAAUACAUAUUGUGCUGUGGGCUGAAGAACUGGUAAGGGCUCAUUAAAGGAGGAAAGGAACAGUAACUGUAGGUAUCCGUGCUAAGGGUGGGUAUUAGGAACUAGCAGCAUCAAUGUAGGGAGGAUGGAGAUGUGCUGGAUCCAGUUGAGUCUCAGAUGAUAACAGAUCAGGAGUUGACCUGGAAAUUUUUGGGUAAUGUGGGCUGAAGUUAAGAGUAACUGGUGAUACAGUAGGUAUAGGAGAUAACUUUAUUAUUCCACAACAUACUUAAUACCUAAGUUGGCAGGUAGUGCUGUGAGAAAAAUCAGCUUCUGGGAAUGCAUAUGAAUUGUGCUUCCAGGAUUAUAGUACUCCAAAGAGAGCAUUGCAUGGGGACUGACUUCAUCCCAUGCCCUCCUGUCUUAAAAAUUGGGGAAUGGGUACAAAUCUUAUGCCAAGAAAUGUUCACCUGGAUCGUUAACAUGACGGAAAGGGAGUUUUGCAAUUAGAAAGAAGUAGCGUUGGUACUUGAAUGCUUAGAUUUCCAAGUCAUUGAUGGGUGCUGGACUUAGCUAGGCUUUAUUUAGGUGUUUACAGGUGUCAAGGCUGUCUAAAUGGGUCCCCAUAAUCUUUCGGUUUCCAACCUUUUUGAAAGAAGGCUCCAUUUACUUACAUUUGGUAAAAUAGGCACCCAAAACCACAAGUGUCUGAUGAUAAUCUUGGCAGAUCCCCUAAUGUAUAUGAUCUGUCUGUCCAUUAUUUGGAGGCUUUUUAAGUGCCCACAGUAAAUACAUUUAUUACAUGUAUCAGGAAUUGCAUUGUUCAACAUGAUGAUUAGCUGUUGAACUAAAUCAUUCUCAAAGCUUUUUGAAAACAAGUUUGCAUAUAGAUUGCUUUUAACCCCAGUAACUGAUAUAUCUCUGAAGUGAGUGCUCAAUUCCUAUUGCUGAACCCAAGUACAGUCUGGGCAAACUGAGCAACAAAGGAAAAGAUGUAUUUUAAUGUCUUGAUCAGCCAACUGUGAAACUUGGCAGCAGAAUAAUUGCUAUCAACAAAUGUACUUUCCAUCUAGUAAUCAGUAAGUUGCUAUCUAGUUUCCAACUCAAGUCAAUUUUGCCAUUUAAUCACCAGCUGCAGUGUUGCCUGACUUCACAUCUGUAGAAUCGCAGUGUUUACUCGGCUUUGCAAUGAACUGAGGCUGUGGUCUGUUUCAGCUGCAGUGUAUGCCUGGCUUUGUUAUAAAACUUCAGUUCUGAAGCCAGUUGCUUAUUUUUAUUGUUUGCAUGGUGUUUUUAUACAUUGGGUUUUUAAAUGGGUCCUUUUGAGGUUUCUUUGUUUUGUGGGCUGCCUGUAAGGAGACAAAUCUCAAGCUUUUAUAAUAUAUACAUAUUUUGAUAAUAAAUGUACUUUUGAUAAUUAAUAAACUUUGAGCAUAUUACAUAUGGUAACAGCCAAUCACAUGUGACAUUGCUCAUAAUGAAAAAUUAAAAUAAAUUAUCUUCCUGCAAUUACCUUUGUUCUCUACCACUUAACUGCUGACUUAAUCUCCAUGCUGUUUUACCGAACAUUUUCUCAAAUUUUUCAUGUCUUCCUGUCAUUGCGUCCAAGUCUAUUGAUGUUCUUAAACAAAUUCCUUUGCCAAUUUAAUCAAUUUUUCCCCUUACUUGCUGAAAGCUUUACCCGUCUGCCAGUAGCCUGCCUUCACUGAACAUUGAGGUCAGCAGAUGAAAGGUAAUCCAGAAGCUGCGGGGAAAAAUAAAGAUGAGGAAAGAGUGUCAGAAUUCGAGUUAGGCUUCAUUUAAGAAUUUUUUCCAGAACAUUUAAUUUUUAGUAUCUUUUUAAAACUAAGUAUUGAAUAAUUAUACAAAUCAGUGAGUUUUCAACAUUUACGAGUAAUACAUUUACCAGGAAAUUAUUAGGUUUGGCUAUGCUUAAUUAUUGAGAAAAUAAACAUCUUUUUAAAUGUUUAAGUUUUAUAAUAAUCUCAUCCAAAGUAAUAGGUUAACUAGGUUGAAGUACUCUCAUCAAAUCCUAUGGCUAAUCUUCUGUAGAUUUGAUAUUGCAGUUUAUAGCAAGCUGGGAUAUUUUCUGCUUUAACUUUUGUAUUGUUUCAAUAUCAUGUUAGCAAUUCUCUACUUGCACUAUAUUCUUUCCCCACCCUAAUGAAUGAAAUUGUACUGCACCCUGUGACUUAAAUGCUCCACACAUGAGAGCCAUAAAGUGAAAGGAGCUACUUUAAAACAUUGAAAAAGUGAUAAUUUUCUUUCACUCUGCUUUAAGGUUUACUAUUUUCUGUAUUGCAAGCAGGUAAAUGGAUUACUUAGAAGCAUGAGGAUACAUUUACCAUAAAGAUGUGCAUAUAUUACAUUUAGUAAUGGUUUUCGCUGAGCAUUUUAAAUAAACCAUUAAUAAUGAGAUUAUAUGUUUUCUGCAAAAUGUAAGAGCACAUUUGUUUUAUGUUAAAAUACUAAGCUUUGCUUUACACUGGCAUAAAUCUUUUGUGAAAAUCACAUGCAACUUAAAUGGAAAAGCUCUAUUUACUGAAUAAGAAUGCACAUUUUUUUCCACAAGCUUUGUAUGGUACUUUUAAGAUUUAAUUAAAGAGACUAUA